GGCCGGCGGUGGAGGGCGGUGGCGUGAGCCGGCGAGCCGUGCGGGCAGGGGGGGCCGCGGCGGCGGGCGCGGGGUCGCGGCAGCCCAGCACCGAGACCCUGGACAGCCCGACUGGAUCCCACGUGGAAUGGUGUAAACAGCUGAUAGCUGCAACCAUUUCGAGUCAGAUUUCAGGGUCUGUCCCAUCAGAGGGUGUGUCCAGAGACUAUAGGGUGUACAGGAGGCCGGUUAUACGGGAGAUUCAGGAUGGACACAAUGGCUAUCAUUCUGAAGCAGAACCUGAUCAGGUGGCACUGCGGGAUGGAAACAAACUAGCACAGAUGGAAGAGGCUCCACUUUUUCCUGGAGAAUCAAUCAAAGUUAUCGCUAAGGAUGUUAUGUAUAUCUGUCCAUUUAUGGGAGCAGUCAGUGGUACGCUCACAGUGACGGACUUCAGAAUGUUUAUCAAAAGUGUUGAGAGGGAUCCACCUUUUGUUGUUGAUGUUCCCCUUGGAGUUAUAAGUAGGGUUGAAAAAAUUGGAGUACAGAGCCAUGGAGACAAUUCAUGUGGUAUAGAAAUAGUUUGCAAGGAUAUGAGAAAUUUGCGGCUGGCCUAUAAACAGGAAGAGCAGAACAGAUUGGAGAUCUUUGAAAACCUUGUAAUACGUGCAUUUCCUGUUUCUAAUGGACUGCCUCUUUUUGCAUUCAGCUAUAAAGAAAAGUUUGCAGUUAAUGGCUGGAAAGUCUAUGAUCCAAUGGCAGAAUAUAAGAGGCAGGGCUUGCCCAAUGAGAGCUGGAAAAUAUCAAAAAUUAACAGCACCUAUGAGCUUUGUGAUACGUACCCUGCUGUUCUUGUUGUGCCAACCAGUGUAAAGGACGAUGACCUCUCAAAAGUGGCAGCAUUUAGAGCAAAAGGGAGAGUUCCUGUGUUAUCCUGGAUUCAUCCUGAGAGCCAAGCAACAAUAACACGAUGCAGCCAGCCAUCAGUUGGCCCAAAUGAUAAGCGUUGCAAAGAAGAUGAAAAAUAUUUGCAGACAAUAAUGGAUGCCAAUGCUCAGUCACAUAAACUUAUCAUCUUUGAUGCCAGGCAGAAUAGUGUUGCAGAUACGAACAAGGCUAAAGGUGGAGGAUAUGAAAGUGAAAGUGCCUACCCAAAUGCAGAGCUGGUCUUUCUGGAGAUUCACAAUAUACACGUAAUGAGAGAAUCCCUGCGGAAACUUAAAGAAAUAGUUUAUCCUACUAUUGAUGAGACUCGGUGGCUGUCAAACGUGGACUCCACACAUUGGCUGGAAUAUAUAAGGAUGCUUCUUGCUGGAGCAGUACGAAUUGCAGAUAAAAUUGAAUCUGGUAAAACCUCUGUAGUGGUGCACUGCAGUGAUGGCUGGGAUCGAACUGCACAGCUCACUGCACUGGCCAUGCUUAUGCUGGACAGCUAUUACAGAACCAUCAAGGGCUUUGAAGUUCUUGUAGAGAAAGAAUGGAUAAGUUUUGGACAUCGAUUUGCAAUGCGAGUGGGACAUGGAGAUGAUGAUCAUGCGGAUGCUGACAGAUCUCCCAUUUUCCUUCAGUUCAUUGACUGUGUUUGGCAAAUGACAAAGCAGUUUCCUGCAGCCUUUGAAUUCAACGAGCUAUUUCUCAUCACCAUUCUGGAUCACCUUUACAGCUGUCUCUUUGGGACUUUCUUAUGCAACUGUGAAAAAGAGAGAUUAAAAGAGGAGGUGAGCACAAAGACUGUAUCUCUGUGGUCCUACAUAAACAGCCAGUUAGAGGAGUUCACAAAUCCCUUCUAUGUAAACUAUGAAAACCAUGUGCUGUAUCCUGUUGCCAGUCUGAACCAUUUGGAACUCUGGGUGAACUACUACGUCAGGUGGAACCCGAGGAUGCGGCCUCAGGUUCCAAUCCACCAAAAUCUUAAAGAGCUCCUGGCCAUCCGGACAGAGCUUCAGAAGAAGGUUGAGGAUUUGCAGCGGGAAGCUGCCACGCGUUCCAUUUCCUCCUCCUCUGACAGAGGUUCAUCUCCUUCCCAUUCUGCUACGCCAGUGCACACCUCUGUGUGAUGUGGAACAAAAGCCAUGUGAAAAAAUCAGUGUCAGGUAACACAGAGGAGGGUGAAAUGCUUUUCCCAUCACAAAAGGAUUGUGAGUGACUUGUAAUUGCUAUGAUCUACAUGCCUUACUCUGUGUCUGAUAUUAUCACGAUGAGGCCAAAAAGAGCUUCAAUAGAUGUGAUGUAUUUUCUUGUUGGCAGUUCCCACAUGUGUUUUGACACUCUAGCUAAAUCACCAAUUGUGAAAUUAAACUUUGUUUUGAGCAACUAACAAUUUAACCAUCCUAAAAAGGAAUCCAUCUGCCAAGCAGACAGAAAAAUGCCUCUCACAUUGUCUAGAGUACGAUGCCUGGUUGAAAGAAUCAGAUGAAAUGCCACAUGAUGCUUACACAGAACACAAAAUGUUUUUCUGAAUGGGAGCUCCUUAUUUCACUCAGUAAUAUAUAUAUAUUUUUUUUUUGCUAGAGCAAUUUAUUUUUUUUAGGUAAUGCACUUGGAAAUUGAUUUUAAAAUAAAUGUUUUCCAGUGUAGUCAGUUUUACAUUUCAAACUAAAUAUGCCAUUAAAAGUGGAUGAAGUUGAGCUGGAUUUAUCAAGUACACCACACUGACUUGUAUGAUGUAAUAUAUUUGGUAAAGCAUGUAUUUUAGGUUUUUUAAUGCCUUUUGUACAAGUUGAAAUAAAGUCUUUUGACUGUUUAGCUUAUUGUUCAGUUUCAGCCUCCUGAGCGAGGGGCAAACUUGCUCAUGUCGAGGUCUUGUACAAAGUAAAAGUUUGUUUUCUAGCAAAUGGUAAUAUUUGGGGUUGGAAUGACACCCAGCUGUGUAAAUUGUAUAGUCUGUAUAGCUCCACAUUGUGAAGUGUGUUUUGUUUCUAAGUGUACACACAAAAUGCAAAGCUGUGUGCGUUUAUGCCCAUGUGUAUGUGAUGUUAAACCUAUGCAUCCUCCCGUGGGUUUAAGCUGCACCUUCAGAAAACAGAUCCUGCCUGUCCAAACCCUUUUGAGGACCUUAACUUGCAAUGACAUUGUUUGACAAAGUUUUUGAAUAAUAUGGUAUUAAUUGGUUUUCUUGAAAUAAAGCCUCUUGGCUUUUUGUUUUUUA